ACACUGAGUCGAAUCCUGAGGUUUACAGAGGGCAGACGGUCUGCUUCACAUGAAAUAGAAUAUUUCGAUAUGAAACAUUGAAUGCUUUACAGCAACUGCCGGAAAGAUGUCUUGCGCACAUUGACGUUUUCCCUCCAUUUUUGUUGCGGGAUGACCUCUCAGGUGCUGCGUGCGUCUCAGUCCACAUCAGGACUGGAGCAGCUCGCUCGCGAUGAUUGCGUUUGCAUGUCCGAGGAAAUGCCACCCCUGAAGUGGUCCCUCUCUCUCCUCUCUUCUCGGAUUCGCUUUUCCUCGGCAGGUCGCGCCGCCUUGCUUUGUGUUGCCUCUGAUUGAAUGGCUGGCAUGACUUGUGCCCCCGGUACCGUGAAGAUACGAAAGCAGGAGGAAAACCGCUCGUUUGACGUUCACUCGUCCUCUCAUCCUGUCAGUGCAUUCAAACGCCGUCAUUAGACUGCCAAUCUCUGAAAAUAUCUACAGAUGAAACAAUGGGAAGAUCUCCUGGGUAUCGACAUACAGGAUGUUUCCUGGCUGUGAAUUUAUUUAAUCGUUGACAUGGGGAAGAGUUUGACUGAGUCACGGGGAGAUUUGAUCGCAUAGUGAAAGAGCGAGAGCUAGUCUCUGGAGGGCGAAGACAUGGUCAUCACUGAUAGAAGCACCCCUGUACCUAAAAAGGAGCCCCAGAAGAAGACAAGAGGAAAGACCCGCCCUCAUGGCCUGCCCUCUCCAGCCCUCUGCUGUGCCUGUGGCCUCUGCAUCAUGCUGGCCGGACUCAACAUCACCCUGGUAGGGGCGUUCGCCUUCAGCACCCUUGUGCCUUCUGCCAACCCCCCUAUUAUCAUUGGACCCAUCCUGCUGCUGGUGGCCUUCUCCUUUUUUGGAGCAUGUUGUGUUUGCAGUCGCCUCCCCCCACCCCACAACUCGCGGAGGUCUAAGGUGGGAGGCCGGGGUACAGGGCUGAUGGGAAGAGGUGGACUGGCAGGAGGGGCGGCAUUUGAAAUAGAAACCAGCGAGCACACGCUGCAGGACACCACAGCUGUGCAGCUCAGCCCCACCUCUUCCCCUGGAUCCUCGCAGGCGUCUAGUCCAGAAAAAGAGGCUCCAGAUGAGGCCCUACCAGGACCCUGCAAGCUGUUCACCAUGGAGACCAACGGCCCUUCUUCUUCUGUUUCUGCUACUGCAGUUUACUCCACCUCGCUGGCAGCAGGAGGAGGGGAGGUGAGGCUUAACCUGCCACGCGAAGAAGUGGUCACCUAGCAUUACACAGACUCUUCCAAGGCCCGAGCACUAACAGUGUGCAUAUUCUUCUGGAUCGAGAGCUUGCUAAGUUUGAUUGUGUCCUCUAGUUUUUGUAGUGCCAUAUAUCCGGUUGUGAACAUGUCUGCUUUUAUUUCCCUGUCGUGCAGCCAACUGGUUAUUAGCAUGCAAUGUUUAUGAAACAUCCAAGUGUUUGUGGAUCAUAGGUUUUGGAAUUCAAAUUCCUACCUCUCUCGUGCUGUUCUCCUCCGAGUCUUUGUUUUUAACUUAGGGCAUUACGGACAGAACUCGUGUACAGAAACGUUUAUAUUUCACUGUCUCUCCAGUUUGUGGAAACCUCACCUGUCAGCAGCGAUCUCAAGAGGGCUCGUCCGAAACUAAUUAUUGUUGAUCUGUUCCUAGAACUCAAAGAUGGAUGUAAAAGGUCAACAGUGAAAACCUGAGUUGAACGGUACAGUUAUGUUUUUAGUGACAUUUGGAUUUUGUGUGACAUGCACCGUGCUGAACUUGUUUUGGGGGGCUUAAAUAUCACAGGUCACAGGGGUCCCAAAGCAAAUUUUCUUCACCUGAGAUUACCUUUUUGGCAUUUACAGUUUUUUGCACCAGUGAUUACACAAGUAUUAGUAGACUAGACAGCUAUUAGAUUGAAAAUGAACAGUCUUGUUCAAAGUGCAGUGUUACCAUAAAUGUUACUGUGUACAAUGUUUGAGGGAGCGUUAUUUCUGUAUUUUAACACAUUUUGUCAUCACACAAACAUUUAACACAGUUUCUUUAUGAAGUUUCUUACCAAAUUCUUGACAAGGUAUUUUAA